AAUUAACUCCUACGAUUCCAGUGGUUGAUGAUACCUAUAUGACAGAUAAAGCUAGUACUAAGAAACAAUCUCAACCGUCGUAUAACGAUAAACGGAAUGUCACCAAUAAAGCUUAUUUGAUAGAACCGAUUAUACGACAUCGAAUUCAAGAUUCUAUAUUUUAUAAACAAUAUCUUUAUCUUACGAAUGAAGCUACUAUCUUACCGAUUAUAAUUGAUCAUGUUAAAUUCAUUGGUGGGACUGAUUCCAUUGGGAAAUCUUGUCAAUUCUUAAGUUGUCUUUUCCGAUUAUUAGAAUUAGAUCCAUCACAAGAAAUCAUUGAUUCAUACCUUACACAAUUAGGAUUCAAUGAAUUCAAGUAUUUAACGGCAUUGAUCCUUAUAUAUAUUAGAAUCACGUAUAAUUCAUCAUUGGUUUAUUCUACAUUUGAUAAGUUUGGUCAAGAUUUUAGAAAAUUAAGAAUCAAAUUGAAAUCUCCUGAAUUUAAUAAAUUCGGUAUACCGAUUAAUUUCAAAUUAACUUAUAUGGAUGAAUGGAUUGAUGAUUUAUUAGUUAAUGAAAGAGUUGUAAAUAUCAUCUUACCAAGAUUAACUCCUAGAAUUACGUUGGUUGAAAAUGGUUUAAUCGAACCAAAACAGUAUCAUCAUGAAAAGGAUGAGGAGGAAGAAGAAGAAGAGGAUGAUGGAGAUGAUAACGAAUCUGACAUCGUCAAUGAUGCAAAUUCAAAGAGAACCAUUACAAUCACAACCAAUAACGACAAUGAACCAGAUAGUGACUUUGAAAGUGAUAGUGAUUAAUUAACGGAAUGUAAUUAUAGUAUAUAUACCAUUUUCCUGUAUAUAGGAGCACUAAAAUUGUACAUAUAACAAAUUUCUAAAUUUGAUAAAUUUGCUAAUUAUCGACAUAUAACAUUCCUCUU